AUGUUUGACGAUCUGCAAAUGAUCUAUAUGAGUGUACGCAUUCUGCGCUUCUGGUCACUGAUUUACGAACACACCUGGCGCCGUUAUGUUUGCUUAUCGAUGACAACGUUUUUAGUUUUCACUCAACUCUACUAUAUGUUUCACACUAGCGAAGGUAUCGACGCCAUAAUUAGGAACUCCUAUAUGCUGGUGCUUUGGUUCAAUACGUUAUUGAGGGCUUAUUUGUUGCUGUACGAUCGGGAGAAGUACGAACGGCUGUUGAGUGAUCUAGAAAAAUUUUACUAUGACCUAAAGAAAACAAAGGAUUCCUACAUACAAGAUCUACUUACCGAGGUCAACUCGACUGGAAAAUAUAUGGCGCGCGGUAAUCUCUUUCUUGGACUUCUAACCUGUUUUGGGUUUGCUUUCUAUCCACUCUUUACUACCGAAAGAGUUUUACCUUUUGGUAGCAUGAUUCCAGGCAUUAACGAGUACAAGAGUCCUUUCUACGAGUUUUGGUACAUUUAUCAGAUGAUAAUCACACCCAUGGGCUGUUGCAUGUACAUCCCUUAUACAAGUCUGAUAGUGGCUCUGAUUAUGUUUAGUAUUGUGAUGUGCAAAGCUUUGCAAUUUCGUUUGAAAACUUUGCAUCGUGUGCGGCAUAUUGAUGGGUUGAUUCACAAAAAUGUUAAGGAAUGUAUUCAAUAUCAGCUAAACAUUAUAAACUACAUCGGUCGAGUGAAUAAUUUGACAACCUACAUUUUUCUUUUGGAAUUUCUUGCUUUUGGUACUCUUUUGUGUGCGCUGCUUUUCUUAUUAAUUAUUGUGGACUCAACAGCUCAGACGGUUAUUGUUUGUGCUUAUAUUACAAUGAUAUUUGCACAAAUUUUGUCCUUAUAUUGGUAUGCAAAUGAACUUCGGGAACAGAAUCUUGCCAUCGCUGCUGCUGCUUACGAUACUGAAUGGUUUACAUUUCCAAUAGCGGUGCAGAAGCAUAUUCUCUUGAUGAUACUGCGAGCUCAGAAGCCGCCAGCGAUAAUGGUGGGACAUAUUCAUCCUAUUUCGUUGGAGCUAUUUCAAUCUCUACUCAAUGCUUCUUAUACUUACUUUACAUUGUUGAAACGAGUUUACACUUAAGGUUUCCAAAUAUUCGUGUUAAC